AUGAGGAACCAUUCAGCCAUAACAACGUUCACCCUACUGGGAUUGACGAGUGACCCACAGCUAGAGAUUUUGGUGUUUCUCUUUCUGUUUCUCGCAUACGUGUUCAGCGUAAUGGGGAAUCUGACCAUCAUUGUUCUCGUCUUUGUGGACGCCCAUUUGAAAACUGCUAUGUAUUUCUUCCUACAAAAUUUCUCCUUCUUGGAGGUCUCAUUCACUAGUGCCUGUGUCCCUAUAUACUUGUACAUGAUACCAAGUGGGGACAAGACCAUGACGAUUGAAGCCUGCCUUACCCAAGUCUCUUUUCUUGUCCUGUGUGGGGCCACAGAGUUUUUCCUGUUGGCCGUGAUGUCGUAUGACCGCUACGUGGCCAUCUGCAAGCCCCUGCACUAUGUGACCAUCAUGAACAGCAGGGUCUGUAGGAAUCUCAUCUGCUGCUGCUGGGGGUCUGGCUUCCUGAUCGUUCUCCCACCCCUCAUCCUGGCCCUCCGUCUGGAAUUCUGCAGCUUUGUUAUUGAUCAUUUUGCCUGUGAUGCUUCUCCAAUACUGAAGAAUUCCUGUUCAGACACGUGGCUGAUAGAGCAGCUGGUUAUAGUCAGUGCUGUGUUGAUCCUCAUCACGACCCUGCUGUGUGUGGUUCUAUCCUACAUCUACAUCAUCAGGACGAUCCUGAGGUUGCCUUCUGUGCAGCAGAGAAAAAAGGCCUUUUCCACCUGCUCUUCUCACAUGAUCGUGGUCUCCCUCUCGUAUGGCAGCUGCAUAUUCAUGUAUGUCAAACCCUCAGCUAAGGAUGAAGUGGCCAUUAAUAAGGCGGUCUCUCUGCUUAAUAUAUCUGUUGCCCCCAUAUUGAACCCCUUUAUUUAUUCCCUGAGAAAUAAACAAGUCAAGCAGUCUUUCCAUGACACCCUCAAAAGACUUGCGUUGCUUUCGAAGAAAUAA